AUGCGUCUAUCGUCAUGGCGUCCACAAGCCGCCAGUUUACCAUCAUCGUCUCCGAGCCUACAUCCACCGCGCCGAUCGCUUACGGAGAGCCAACGACGUAUGUACAAACUCGAACGCGCAGACAACUUCAGGUGGAUAGCUCGUCUCCUAUCCUCUCCCUCGAAACGCGUGCUCACGUCCGCAGACCUCGUCUCGAACGACGUUCAGCAGGAGAUCGCUAACAUAGGUCAAUAUGCGGAGCUCGUACAUGGUUUGAUUGACCCUGCGUUUGUCUGGCGAAACUUGAAUAGACUUAUACAACCGACGUACCCACUGGAGGAAUAUGACGCGCUUGAAGGUUCGACGCUUAUAUGCGUGUUCCGUGGAGAGGUUGCGAAGCUACAAGGAUACAUUGUUCACCGACCAUCAUCUCGUCAGUUGAUUGUAGCAUUCUCUGGGACUUCUUCUCCCUUGCAGGCACUGCAUGACGUGGAUGCGCGUAUGGUGCCAUAUCCUGGUGGCCACCACAACAGCCCUCAAACGACAAAAGCGGAAUGCAAGGUACAUGCAGGGUUUUGGCGGAUGUUUCAAGGUCUAAAGCAGACGGCGCUCGCACAUUUGACCGACGCCUUGACGUCGUUGGAUGUCAAGGAACUAGUCCUCACCGGACAUAGUCUAGGAGCCGUCCAGACCUAUCUGUUCACUAUGGAACUUCUGAAAAUCUCGUUAAAACCUCCCGAUACCGAAGACGUCCGUCUCCCUCCUGGAUUGAUCUUCAAAUUAGUUACGUUCGGCUCGCCUAGGAUUGGCAAUGAAGCUCUUUCCCUACUAUAUCGCAAGCUUGUUUCUGAGUACCGUUCAAUACAUGGGGAAGAUAGUUUCCAAGAGUAUUCUGUAAAAGGUUAUAACGACGGUGUUCCAUGCCUCCCUCCAAAAGCUAUUGAGUUCAGACAUCUGACACCAUCACCACUAUACCUUUUCCAUGGCAGACUUUUCCGUAUUCCACCCUCAGAAAACGAGCAUACUAUCUUUCCCGUGCAACUUGAAGAUGACGAACUACCCCCAGAGUUUCCUCUUGGCGGUCAUAAUUACUACAAUAACCGAGAUAUGGAAGGAUGCCUCCGGCGUUUGCAAUGCCUUGAUGUCCUUAAACUAGGCGAGACAGGAUGGGAGGAGCGUUAUCUGAGGUCCUGGAAGAAAGGGUCGCAGAGCUGACACCUUGGUUGCACCUGACAGCUUCAUGACCCUGCUGACGAAUAUCACACAUUUAACACCUAUAUCCAAUGUAUGUAAUCCGAUUGCAAUAAUGCC